AAAGUUUUGAUUUGUUGUUUGUACCAAAGCGGUUCGUUCCGCCUCAAGUCAGUAUCAAAUCCACCAGAUAAGUCGGAACUAUUGGAGGAGCGAGGAUUGUCUGAUUUCCUUUGCCAUCGCUGUGGUUAACAAGCAAUGGCGAGUGACAAGAAAAAGGACAUCAACGGUGUUGACAACCGUGGAUACGAUGACCAAACCGAGAUUGGGAUGAAACCCAUGUCGAAGGCGCCAGAAAACUGGAGGAUGUCCAAGCACUUUGUUGAAGAGAAUUCAGAUGGGGUACCCUCAAGUCUGAAAAAGAAAAGCCAUACUCGAUACAAGAUCAUGAUCUCCCUGAUGGUGUUCCUAGUGGCAAUCAUUAUUGCUAUGGGAGUCGCACUACAUAUCUUCAUUAAUGACGACUCUCGAGAUGUCUUCGAAACCCUCAAGACGACCACAAUGACUAAGAUGACUACGCCAAGAGGCGGAGUGAGCAUUGUUGAGCUGGGAGUCAAUAUCACCCUGCCUGAUCGGGAGUACACCGAUGAUCUGGGAGAUAAAUCAUCAUCUGCUUAUAUGAAUUUCACCAAUGUUGUAAUUUCAUCAAUUAAUGCGACAUACGCAAACAACUCGCUUUUUAACGGGGCCGCUGUUAUAUCAGUCAGCUCGGGGAGUAUCAAGGUCGAGCUUAUGAUGUCGUUUAACAUGCCCCUGGCGGAGACAGAACGAAGCAAUGCAAUCGAGCUCACAUUGGAUAACCUUAAACCUAACAUGCAGGAUGCAUUGGAUGACAACGCCAUCGUUGACGUCAUUACACCUCUGUGUGAGAUCGAACCCUGUACCAAUGGAGGGACAUGUAAUGAUACCCUAAACUCAUCGGACUACUCCUGUACCUGCGAAGAGGGAUAUACCGGCAAAUCGUGUCAAAAUAUUAUCGGAGCAUGUGCGAGCAAUCCUUGUGAAGAUGGAGGAGAAUGUAAUGACGACGGUGGCUCCUAUACAUGCACAUGUACUUCUGGUUUCAUGGGGGAGAACUGUGAACAAGUUAUCGGAGAAUGUGCGAGCAAUCCUUGUGGAAAUGGAGGAGAAUGCAAUGACGACGGUGGCUCCUAUACAUGUACAUGUACUUCUGGUUUCAUGGGGGAGAACUGUGAACAAGUUAUCGGAGGAUGUGCGAGCAACCCUUGUAAAAAUGGAGGACAGUGCGAAAACACAGAAGGCUCCUAUACAUGCACAUGUACUUCUGGUUACACUGGUAUAAACUGCGGACAAGAGAUCGGAGCAUGUGCGAGCAAUCCUUGUGAAAAUGGAGGAGAAUGCUAUGGCGAUGGUGACUCCUAUACAUGCACAUGUACUUCUGGUUUCAUGGGGGUGAACUGUGAAACAGAUAUUGACGAAUGUGAUAACAAUCCUUGUGAAAAUGGAGGACAGUGCGAUAACACAGAAGGCUCCUAUAGAUGCAUAUGUACUUCUGGUUUCACCGGAAUGAACUGUGAACUAGCUAGCGACUGUGGCUUCCGACCGGCCUACUCUUCGUCCCGUCCCCGUAUCAUCGGUGGUUCACCGACUCAGCUCGGGGACUGGCCCUGGAUGGUUUCUCUCAGAGAUCGCUCCAACGUUCAUCGAUGUGCUGCUGUAGUCAUCAACAGUACCACGGCUGUCACUGCAGCGCAUUGUGUUAAAAAGUUCGACACUGCGGUUCUGGGGGAUCUUAAACUAUCCAUGACGUCACCAUAUCACAUCGAAACAGACGUUGAAGCCGCUAUUCAUCCAGACUAUGCUAUCAAUACCAUCACCAAUGACAUCGCUGUGAUCAAGUUCAACAUCAACCUUGAGUUCAAUGAUUACAUCCAACCUAUCUGCCUCCAAGAUCGAGAUGCGUCUACGCGAUUUACAGCAUGUUACAUAACAGGGUGGGGCCAUACCUCUGAAGGUGGCACCGUAUCUGAUACACUUCAGGAAGCAACGAUAACAUUGUUUGAUGAGGCGCAAUGCCAGUCGUUUUAUCCGGACCGUACCAUUACACCGACUAUGCUCUGUGCAGGACAUUUGUCUGGAGAAAUGGACGCAUGCCAGGGUGAUACCGGUGGACCUCUCCAAUGCGAAGAUCAAUAUGGCCGCUUUCAUCUGGUCGGUAUCACAAGCUUUGGAUACGGCUGCGGGAGACCCAACACUCCAGGUGUCUACACCAAGGUUUCUGAAUACUAUGACUUUAUUAGUUCAGCUGAUCCUCAACCCGAACCUGAACCCGUGUUGGCAGUCGACCUCUCUCUGGACAUCCCAUUCGUGGUCACACAAUUACGCUUCCCAGGCCUGGAAUUCCAGUGGAUCCUUAACACAGCUGAUGGAAACGCCAUCGACAUCUACAUCUUCAAACUCGACAUCUUACGGGUUCGAGAUACCUUGAUCAUUGGUCACGGCAGUGAUCCUCAAAGUCUGGCCAGUGUCAUCGUCAACUCUAGAGACGGACCUGUUUCCCAUGUCUAUAGAAUAUUCGAUGAUUACGCUUGGAUUCAGCUCUACGUAACGCCAUACCUGCAAAUUCCCCUUCAACUAGGGGUACGUGGACUUGCCGAGGGCGCCCUUGUAGACAGAGAAGAUAAUUCAGAUUUCUGCGCAAACCAGCCGUGUGGAGCGGGAAACCUUUGUAUGGAAAAUUCUGUCGGAUACUCUUGUAACUGUCUGGUUAUUUCGAGCGGGUCGUCUUGCAAAGAAUUAUCCCAUGAGUUCAGCGAAGGAGAGUCUUAUUCUUACAUGGAGCGAGAAGUUCAAAUCUCUAGUGGAAUAGACUGUGAUUUUGAUAAUGGCUGGUGUGGGUGGGAUCAGGAGCGGUUAUUAGACAACCUCGAUUGGACUCUGUACACCGGAAGUGAACAUCGGAACUUCAUCGGACCAGCAGUUGAUCACACUGAGCUUAGCGACAGUGGAAGUUAUAUCUAUAUUGAGACGUUUGGGGACGAAUCCAAUUACACUGCCACACUGGUAAGCAGCAAAUUCACCGGGACAGAGAGUGACCACCGCCAAUGCUUGACCUUCUUCUACUACGUAUCCAGAGGUGAUGACUUUGAUCUCGGCGUACAAUUCGUGGCAGAGAACACGACAGUAGCUGAGCCAGUGUGGAGUUUACCAGGGAAGAUAUUAAAUAGAUGGAACAUUGCUGAAUUCGAGCUGAGUGUAGCAGGGUGGUUUCUCAUUGAGGCCAGGUUGGCGGGAUACUCUCGAGGACCAAUCAGUAUCGAUGACAUCCAAUUUACCGAUUGUCUUUUGGAUGGCAACCUCCAAGAAGCCAUAACUCUCGUACCUGGUAACGUGGUAUACAGGACGUCACCGAACUUCCCGAACAUUUACCCCAAUCACGUGACCCAGCUGUGGACCAUCACCGCACCGGAAGGGUAUGGGGCUCGCUUUGACAUCGACGUCAUCAACCUUGAGCAAUCAUUCGACAGACUUGCUAUCGGGACUGGGCAUGAUCCUACCAAUGAGGGCAGCAUCUUAGAUAGCUGGAAUGGACACCAUCUGUUGCAGAGUGUUACCAGUGUAUCUCGCCAAUACCAGUACUGGGUGUCAUUUGAAAGUGAUCUUACCAUUAGGGAUCAGGGCUUCGUUAUCGCUAUUUACCCUGUGCAGUUUACAGAAACUUACAUUACAAUGGAAACCGGGGAAACACUAAACAUCACUUCGCCAAACUAUCCGAUGCUAUAUCCGAACAGUCAAAUCGUUCUAUGGCUGAUUACCGCACCUCCUCAACAUGGACUCUACUUUCGGUUCGCGAAGUUCGAAACCGAAGCUCGACGGGAUAUGGUGAUUGUUGGUACCGGAGAGACACCAUCACCGGACGCGAGUAUCCGACUUGCAGAGAUGUCAGGCUUUAUCACCCCAAGUGAUAUAGUCUAUGAUGAUAAUCAAGCUUGGAUUAUGUUUAGAGCAGAUUUCGAAACGAUUGCGGCAUCCGGGUUCUUCGUAGAAGUACGAACUGUCGAAAGGCUAGAUUGUAAUGCGAGCAACGCUUUUCACUGCCCCAAUGGACAGUGCAUCCCUAUGACAGCUGCAUGUGAUGGAUACAAUGACUGCCAGGAUUUCAUUGAUGAGGAACAUUGUCCUGCCUGUGUCGCAGUGCCCGCAAGCUGCAGUCAGAUGUUGCCCUACAAUAUGACCUAUUUCCCAAACCAACAUGCUACCAGUGCAGACGAUGCAGACAUCAUUUUAGAACAGGUGGUAAGUAGUUGUCCUCAGGGUAACAACCUUCGGCAACUCGCCUGCAACAUGCUGUUCCCUGAUUGUCCUCACUUCGGUCCAACCCUUCAGCCCUGCAAAUCAUCCUGUAUGACCGAGUUGGAGUUAUGUACCGUGGCCGACGGUGUGGUAAAUGGAGAAGAAUGGCCACUGGUUUGUGAUUCGUUGCCGGAAACGGAAGAAGAUCUUUUUGGCAGGUGUUCUGGACCAAACGGAGGAAUACGCUUUCUAACGUACUCAUGCCCAUCAUGCGAAGUUCCGAUCCACGAGAUAUUCGGAGAACUUGCUGAAAGUAGAGGUCCUAGCUAA